UCUAGUCUAUUCUAUCCCUCAAUCUUUUUGGAACAACCUCAUAAGUGACCAAAAUGGCGACCACCAUCAGUGAAAAUCCGCCGGUACAGCUAAAAUCCCUCCCAAACUUCCGUCCCGUCGUGUCAGGUCGGCUGUAUCGUUCCUCCCGCCCAGAUUUAAUCACAGAGCAGGAUUACGAGACAGUCCAGAGGCUGGGGUUACGCUGCAUCGUCGAUUUUCGCUCGGUAGGAGAGUACCGAUCCUUCAAAGGGAAGACAAAGUUCGUGGACGAAGACUUCCGGGUUGUGAAAGUCAAGCCGCCCACGCGGUGGGGCAGCUCGAACGGUUUACGGUACCGGUACUACAGCGACGGGAGUCAGGAGAAACCGAAGACCAACGGAGAUGUCAAGUCAAGGGGCUUUCAUUACUUUAUCAACUUCUUCACCAUGCAGUACGUCUGGAACGUCUUUACACGGGUCCCAUGGUAUAUGCAGCUGUAUUCUCUGAUGUACCUUGUGUACGAUCUCAUCUUCUGGACCAACUACAUUCACUUUGUAAGGUUCUUUGCCCGAAACUCGCUGAACAAAGCAGGCCUGACUCGCCAGUAUAUAGAUAUUGUGGAACUCAGCCAAGGAGCAAUAUACUCUGCUCUUACACUCCUGAGUGACCCCAAGAACUUGCCUGCAAAUCUCUGCUGUGCCCACGGGAAGGACCGGACAGGCAUUGUGGUUACCAUGGUAAUGGCAUGUCUGGGCAUGUCUAGGGAAGAAAUCAUCAAAGAGUAUGCAAGAAGUGAGUCUGGUUUGUCUCCAAUCAUUGGCCGUGUGCAGAAAGAGGUGUGUGAUCGUUUUCACAUGGACAUCAGCUUCAUCACUGCCAAGAAGGACACCAUGAGGGGCCUUCUGGACUACAUAGACCAACAGUAUGGGUCCAUUCCUGAUUACCUGGAGUAUAUUGGCUUUAGCAGGGCCAAUCAGGAGCAACUCAAGAGGAACCUGUUAGGCUAAAGUUAAUUCAGUUGCUAGGAAAGCCAUGACCUUCUUCAGACCUCACAAAAUCAGUACCAUAGUUAGAAUUACUAGUCAUGGGGUAUGUCUGUUUUUUUAACAGGUACAGAACAACUUAUUGUUCGGUGCUAGAUGUUGAAGCAGUUUACUUUACUUUCAAUGAACAUUGAUUUAGAUUUGCCAACAAAAUUACUAUUUACAUUACAGUGGAUAUGAUAAAAUUGUAAAAGAUGCUGGCACAGUAUGGAUAUUCCUAUAACUCAAUGUCAAGUGAGGGUCCCGUGUUCCAGGAGGGCCUUAUUUUAUAAGCAUGUUAAAGGGGAGGGGCUAGCAACUCCUU